CACUCUUUGUCAUAUAACGCUUUGAAACUACUGACGGUCUUGGCCUCCACCACCUUCUCACUGAACUUGUUCCAACCGUCUACCACUCUAUUUGCGAAGAUACCAUAUGCUGCCAUCUUCAGCAGAUGUAUAAAAAGCUUAACAUAUGAUAUGUGUGUAGUAAUUCAACCCAAUAUGUCCUUAAAAUCAAGAUUUUUGAAGCCAGGUGAUGACAUAUAUGCAGAAGACCGCAGUGAUGUUGACCAGACCAGUGGAACAACAUUUAUAUAUAACCCAGAUCGCUCUUUGUCAAUUGAAAAACAACGUCAGCGACUGCCAGUGUUCACUGCACGUAACCACAUUCUAUACCUGGUAGAGACAUAUCAAACAACAAUAGUGGUAGGCGAAACAGGUUCUGGGAAGAGCACACAAAUUCCACAGUAUCUUAGAGAAGCAAGGUGGUCAGUUGAUGGACUAAUUGGCAUUACACAACCUCGGCGAGUGGCAUGCACCACUCUGGCUGAACGUGUGGCAGAGGAAUGUGAUGUGAUACUUGGCAAGGAGGUUGGAUACUCCAUACGCUUUGAUGAUUAUAACACUCCUGGCACAACGCAGAUAAAAUAUGUGACAGAGGGGUUGUUGGUCCGAGAGAUGAUGGCAGAUCCACUUUUGAGACAGUACUGUGUUGUUAUGCUUGAUGAAAUCCAUGAACGAACUCUCUACACUGAUAUUGUACUUGGGCUCAUGAAAAAAAUCCUCCGUAGACGUAAAGAUUUGCGCUUGAUCAUCUCCUCAGCAACUGUUGAUGCAGAUCACUUGUAUAAUUUCUUUAAUUACAACACUACAACGGACAAGAGUAAAGACACAGCAACAGUUUUGUCAGUUGAGGGACGAACUCAUCCAGUAGAUAUUUCCUAUCUCGAAGAAUCAACUGCUGACUAUGUGAAAUGCAGUGCAGAAACAGUUAUGAAGAUUCAUAGCAAACACGGCCCGGGUGAUGUCUUAGUCUUCCUCACUGGUGCAGAAGAAGUAGAAACUUGUGUUUCUCUUCUCAAGGAAUAUGCAUUCUCUCUCAAAAAAAAUGAAGGUUCUCUCCUCAUUUUGCCAAUGCAUGGAGCCCUGACAAACAGCGAUCAACUGAGAGUGUUUCAGUUUUCACCUCCAGGAGUCAGGAAAGUGGUAGUGGCAACCAAUAUUGCAGAGACCUCCGUUACUAUGCCUGGCAUUGUAUAUGUUGUGGACUGUGGAUUUGUGAAACUACGAUGGUACAACCCAAGUAGCCAUACAGAUGCCCUUGUAGUUGUUCCUACUUCCCAGGCAUCUGCUAUUCAAAGAGCAGGAAGAGCAGGACGAACCCGUUCCGGAAAUGUAUACAGACUAUACACUGAAGAAGAGUACAACAAGCUUAGUGAAGUUACACCACCGGAAAUGGUUCGUUCAAACCUAUCUUCAGCUGUUCUCAACUUAAUGGCUUUAGGAAUUGAAAACAUGUUGCGAUUUGAUUUUCCGUCACCACCACCAGCAAAACAUUUAUCAGCAGCACUAGAUGAACUCUUUGCCCUGGGAGCUCUCACUGAAGAGGGUACCCUCACUAAGCCUCUGGGACAGCAAAUGGCAGAAUUCCCAUUACCUCCCCAAUUAGCCAAGAUUUUACUGGUUUCAGGUGACUUUGGGUGUUCACAAGAGAUUUUGUCAAUUCUGGCAAUGUUGCAAGUUCAAAAUGUAUUCACAAUACCUCGAGGUCAAGAAUGCCAUGCACGUGCUAACCACCGAAGUUUCCAGGUUAAUGAAGGAGACUUAAUUACACUAUUAAAUGUGUUCACUGCUUACACAAAACAUGGAGAGUCAAAACAGUGGUUAACCCUUAAACUGCGCAUGGCCACCAGGGCUGUACCAGAAAGAGGCAUUUCACUAAAUUUAAUGCUGCUUUGUUUUUUAUUCACAGGUGGUGUAGAUGCUGUGUGUAAAUGCAUCACAGCGGGUAUGUUCCCAAAUGCUGCCUAUCUCCACCACUCUGGUACCUAUCGAACUGUGAGGGGGAACCAAUUGCUGUGCAUUCAUCCAUCCUCUGUACUCUACACUGAAACACAACCACAGUGGGUGUUAUUCCAUGAAGUGCUGCACACAUCACAAAUGUUUAUGCGUGAUUUAACUGUGAUUGAUCCUACUUGGCUGCUUGAGCUUGCACCACAUUUCUACGAGAAAAGGACCUUGCAAGAUUAAUAAAACAGUGUUUCAAGUAAAAAUUUUGUAAAAUAUA